AUGGACUCACUCUAUGCCUUCUCGCCCAUUCUUAACAGAUGGUUUAAGUUUAGCGAGAUGGCAUCUUUCGGCCCCUUUCGCUUCACCGACAUAGUAGCAGUGAAGCACAAGCAGUGGAUGAAGCAGGCAUGCCACGUGGAGAUUGGAGUAGACUUCCUCCACAACGGUGGACGGGAUGGAUACGGCUUUCAGGGUGGAGAUGUGAGAGGAAGAGGAGGAGAGAGGAUGCGGUACAGGUGGGAUCGCCAGAUGGCAUCGUUCGACCCGCACAGACUGCAAUGGAUAGAAGCGGAUGAGGAGGAGGAGGAGGAAGAGGAGGAAGAGGAGGAAGAGGAGGAUUUUGAUCCUUUGCUCGAAGCUGGCACGAUGGAUGGAGACAGGCAUGCAGAUGCUGCUGUAGGUGGCAUGAUGCAUGCUGUUGCUGCAUCUGUCCUGCGCCUUGCCAACCGCCUCCUCACCCACGUCCCUCGCCACCUUGCCACCCGCCCCACACCCCCCCGCCCCCUCACCACCACCACCAGCACCACCACUAGCAGUGUGCAGGGUGGUGUGGAGGUUGAUUGUGGGAAAGGGCCGCGGGGAUGCCACAAGCAGCUGUUACUGCAGGCAGGUGCUGCGUAUGAUGCACUGAGCAACAGCCGACUGAUUAUGAAGCGAGAGUUGCUUGCGUAUAAAGGUGAGAAGUUGCAGUUAACUAUGAGGCGUUUGUUGACACGUGGACCUGAAGCAUCUGCUGUUGAUGCCGGGGGACGAGAGGGGGGGAGGAAGAAGGGAGGGAAGAAAGAUGCAAAGGUGGGUAUUCUGGUUAACGAAGAGAACGUGGUGAGGGUUAUGGCGUCAGGUGGAACAGGGAUUAAAAGAAACCAGGUGAUGAUCAUUCCUGUAGCUGCUGCUGCUGGUGGAUACGCGACUAGAUCUGCUGGUGGAGAAGGAAUGGCAGCUGGUGUUGGGGCUGCCGAUAGUAGAUUCGGAACUUCUGGAAGGAGAAUGGGGAGCAUCUUAUGUGUGGUUCAAAAGGGAAAACCUAUGGUGCUUUGGGAGGGAGUUCCGAAUGCCGUUUAUGAGAUUGAAGUGCCGUGGGGUGAACAUACGCCUAGUGUUGCUUUUGUAACGUGCAUGUGA